CUGAGUAAUUGAAUCAAGUAUUUUCCUCCAGAGACUCGAAGUGCUGCUCAGUUGAGCCUCUGCGCUUCCAAGGAAGCAUCGUCGUAUCCAGGCUCUUACAGGGAACGGAGAAGAUGCUUUCUGGAGUCCGUCAUUUCAGACUAUCAGCAAUUCUAGUGCUGCUGCCAUGUUUAUUAUGUUUCAAUGUGGACGAGAAGAACAGGAUGUCGUUCAGUGGACCAGUGGAGGACAUGUUCGGAUACACCGUCCAACAAUUUGAGAACAGUGAGGGAAAAUGGGUUCUGAUUGGUUCUCCUUUGACCGGACAGCCAGCCAAACGGACUGGAGAUGUCUACAGGUGCCCUGUGGGACAAAACAAAAAAACUGGAUGUGAAAAAUUCCUUUUGUCAGAAAACACAACAAUUCCUAACAUACAUGAAGUAAAGGAAAACAUGACUAUGGGAACGACGCUGGUGGUUAACCCAGAUGGCAAUGGAUUUCUGGCCUGUGGUCCUCAGUAUGGAUACAUGUGUGGAAAGCAGCAGUACAUCACAGGGAUCUGCUCCAAUGUUAGUUCCUCUUUCAAAGUCCUUAACUCCAUCGCUCCAACUGUACGAGAGUGCAAGCAGGAAAUGGACAUUGCCAUAGUGUUGGAUGGCUCCAACAGCAUCUAUCCCUGGGAACAUAUCACUGAAUUCCUUGUCAAAUUUCUCCAGAAGAUUGAAAUUGGACCAGCCCAGGUGGGUAUCGUGUCAUAUGGAGAUGAUGUUGGCCAUGUUUUCAACCUCAGCCAGUUCAGUAACACAAAUGAUCUUGUAAUGGAAGCUGCCAAGAUCCACCAAAGAACCGGCCACAAAACCAUGACGGCUCUCGGCAUUGACACAGCAAGGAAAGAAGCCUUCACAGUGGAGCGAGGGGCGAGACCAGGCGUCAAAAAAGUCAUGGUGAUCAUCACAGAUGGGGAGUCACAUGACCACCACAAUUUGCAAUCUGUCAUUGCUGACUGUGAAAAAAAUGGUAUCGAGAGGUUUGCCAUUGCUGUCCUUGGUGACUAUAAUCGUCAAAAUAAAAGCAUCAGCCAAGUGAAGAAGUUUAUUGAUGAAAUUGAAUACAUUGCUAGUGAUCUAAAAGAGGAUCAUUUCUUCAAUGUGUCAGAUGAAAGAGCACUAGUGAACAUUGUCGACGCCUUAGGAAGCAAGAUCUUUGCCUUAGAGGCCACAUCAGGGACUCACACCUCUUCUUUUGUGAUGGAAAUGUCUCAGGCUGGCUUCAGCGCUCACACAUCGAAAGCAGGUGUGAUGCUGGGAGCAGUGGGUGCUUUUGAUUGGAACGGAACUGUAGUGAUGCAAGUGGACAAAGAGUUUAUUGUACCAAAAAAAAACAGCUUCCAUGAUCCUGAGGUGGAUAGGUACGAAGGCAUGGCAGGAUACGUAGGUUAUGAUGUGCAGUCUGCAUACACAUCCAAAGGAGUGCUGUACAUCACAGGAGCCCCACGGUUUAAUCACAGCGGGCGUGUCACUGUGUACCGCUUUGAUGGAGAAAAUAUCACUAUUACACAGACACUGAAAGGAGAGCAGAUCGGCUCCUAUUUUGGCAGCAUUCUCCAGACACAUGACAUUGACCGUGACAAUUACACUGACAUCCUUCUGGUAGGAGCUCCAAUGUACAUGGGUCCAGAGAGGGAUGAACAAGGUCAAGUCUAUGUCUACAAACUCAAUGAGGAUGGACUCUUUGAACAUGAGAUGACCCUCAAGCCUGAGAAUCAAACAUGCUGUUCUGAUCACUCACGUAGUAGAUGUAAAAAUGUGAAUAAGAACGAGCCAUGUGGUGCACGAUUUGGUACCGCGAUUGCUGCUGUACCUGACCUCAACCUCGAUGGCUUCAAUGACGUAGUGAUCGGAUCACCCUUGGAGAAUGACCAUCGAGGAGCGGUGUAUAUUUACCAUGGUUCUCAGCAAUCAAUAAAGAAGAAAUAUGUACAGCGAAUUGCUGCUGGAGGAGAUGGAGUGAGCAUGAAGUUCUUUGGCCAAUCAAUUCAUGGCAUCAUGGAUUUGAAUAAUGAUGGCAUCAUUGAUGUCACUAUCGGAGGAAUAGGAGGGGCUGCACUUUAUUGGUCUCGAGAUGUUGCAGAGCUUCUUGCAGAGAUGACCUUUGACCCAAGCAAGAUCAAUCUGCAACAGACAUGUCAGGUUCAUGGGAAGACCACAGUGUGUGUGAAGAUCAAUGUGUGUUUCAAGUAUCGGAUCAAGUCUGAGAAAGACACCAACACAGGGACUGUCAUCAGGUACACUUUAAUGCUGGACUCUCUGAGAGUGAUUUCCAGAGGACGUUUUAAUGAGACAGAUGACAGAAGAUUGCAGAAGAACGAGUCUAUCAAUUAUGAGCUUUGCAGAGGACACACCUUCUACACGUCGGAUAAACUGGAUUUCAGAGAUCCCAUUAUGGUCACGUUGGAAUUUGGUUUAGCGGAUGAAGACAAAGGUCCAGUCCUGGAUGGGGAAUUACCGACAUCACUCAACAAGACCAUUGCAUUAGUGGACUGUGGGAUCAAUGACAAGUGUGUUGCUAAUCUACACCUUAAAGCCACUGCAAACAUCUCAAGCCUUUUCAUAAAAAGCAACCAGGAGAAAUUCUAUGUCAGCAUCAACAUCCACAACAGCAGAGACAAUGCUUACAACACCAAGGUUUCACUGACCCACACAGAAAAUAUCAACUAUGUAAAAAUAGAGCCUAAAGAGAAGGACUGUGAAAUUAAUAAUACCAGAAUAGUGUGUGCAGUUGGAUACCCUUUCCUCAAAUCUGAUAAAAUGGAAACGUUCAGUAUCCAAUUUCAGCCCAAUCCUUCUCAUAUUCGUAAGGACAUUGUGAUCAAUGUUACUGCAACCACUGAUAGUGAGGAGCCAGCUUCUGAACUACAAGAUAACUUUGUGAGCAUCGUCAUCCCUGUAAAGCAUGAAGCCAACCUACAUUUCACUGCUAACAAGUAUAUGAAGGAGGACUACAUCAUAUUGAAAGAAAAGGAGAAAAUACAGAGUGUUUUCAAUCACACUAGUUUGAUUGGGGAUGAAGUGAAAAUCAGUUACACGAUUGCGAGAGAUCUAGAAUUGCAGAGUCCACAGUUGAAGCUCACAAUAACAUACCCGCAUCUCACAUCUGCAAAAAACUACCUGCUGUACUUCACAGAUCUCUCGCACACAGGGAACAUCAAAUGUGAAAGCAGUGAAUUGAUGAACCCUUUAAACAUCAGACCUGACAAUCCAUACAAGGUGAAUCCUAAAACAGAGACCUUGAGCACCUAUAUUUUGAGCUGUAAAGAAGAGAGAAACCCCUGCAAGUCAUUUAGCUGCAACAUCCCUCCUGCUGAUUUCAACCAGAUCAACACCACUUUCAGAGUGUGGCGGCCCACUUUUAUCCAAGGAGAGUUUUCCACUAUCUACAUGGCUGUUGAUGCCAAACUGGAGAACAUGAACACUGACCUGUUUGUGUUAAAUGAGAAUGUCAAGACACGAGAGGUCAGGAUUCAAGUCACCAAAGACAUACAAAGUGGAAUCCCACUGUGGAUUAUUAUUCUUAGUAUUCUUAUUGGACUUUUAAUACUGGCACUUGUUAUCUUUGCAUUAUGGAAGGCUGGAUUCUUCAAGAGAAAAUCAAUGGAAGACAUGAAGGAGGAAAUGAAGGAUUCUGAUUGAGUACUGCAGUUCUGUUGUCCCUGUCCCUCGGGUCAACUCAUACUACACAUAGCCAAUGUCAUCGAGAUUACAUUUUAGAACCAGAGUCUCACCAAAGAUCCCACACCCAGCACUUGGGUUGACACCUUGAUUUAUCUUCAUGUGAUCAUGGUAAACUUUAACUGUUGAAUUGAAUGUAAACUCAAUGAACCUCUGAAACACCACAAGAUAUGUGGUGGACAUUUUGCCAAACCGUUGCCCAUCUUUUUCAGCUUUCGAGCUUUAUUCAAACAACAGAACACCCAUCAUCUUGAAAACCACAGACCAUCUUCCACAACCUUCAGCAUUUAUCAUCAGCAAAGCAACGCUCAGGAGCCUAUCCUGGCCUUACAUACCAAAGUAUGCAGUGAUCUACAGCCUUGUAAUCAGAACCUUACACUCUUAUGAGUAACAGGUUUAUAUAUGGAGAGUUAUUCCAAUAGCUUGUUUUAGAAAGCACUGUACAGUUAUGUUUUUGAGUUCAAAGCAUUUUUUUAUUUAGCGUUUUGUCGUGGGCUUUUGAAUAGAGGCACAUUCCUUUUUGUUCAUGAAGUAGAACUUAGGUUUUUAGCACUGAUGUUUUUCACACUUUUUGUCUUCAUCCAAGAAUGAAGAGGAAAAGGUUUGUUUGUACUGUAAAUGUACGUAAAGCUCUAAGUGUAUAUAAAGUUAUGUUUGCAAUAUCACUUUAAGUUACUUCAGGUAUUCCAGAUCGUUACAAUGUUGUUACAAUGUCUGGAAUCAUAAAAUUGGACAGUUGUCUUGUCAAGUUCCUAGCCAUAUGUAAAUAUCAGAAAUACUUGACUCAAAAAAUAUUUUAAAAGGUCAGUAAACACCCAAAAAGUUAAAUUAUGUAAUAAUUUAUUCACCCUCAUAUCGUUCCCAACCUGUACGAUUUUCUGUCUUCCGUGGAACACAAAACCAGAAAAUCUUAAGUAUGUUCAAGCUGCUCAUUUCUUUCACUUUUUUUUUUGGAGAUGAUCAAUAUAUAUUAAUUUCAUUGUAUGGAAUAGAACAGCAGGAGUAUUGCUGGAAAUUUCUCCUUUUGUGUUCCGCAGAAGAAAGUACUGUAAAUUAUACAGGUUUGGAAUGACAUGAGUGUAAGUAACAACACAACUUUCAUUUUUGGGUAAACAAUUCCUUAAAAUAUACACAUAGAUAGGUGUGUAUGAUCCUUAAGGGGAAAUGCAGUGUGAAACAACAGAAACAUAAGACACAGUGUACACAGUGUACACCAAUGCAUCGCUAAACAUACUGUAUUUAUAGUGCAGUUAAUCAUGUACAGUGCAAAACAUUAGACUAAAUUACACAUUUUGCAAAGGGUGCAAUGAAACAUGUAGUAUUCAGUAUGAGUGCCUUAAUUUGUAAUGCACUGGGUCAAUGAAUAGGAAGGAAAACGCUUUCUUUGCAAUUCUCUGUCACACAUUUAUAUGAAGCUGUGUUUUGAAACAUUUCAUUGCAUUUGUAUUAAUGAUGCAUUAAACCAAUGAUUUAAUAUGUUAAACAGAAACAGAAUUUUUUUUUAAACAUACCACCAUCUGUCUGUCAAUUUACCCAGAACAGAAGAAUGGGGAAGUACCUUAUUAGGUCAGUAUGAUGAAAAAUUUCAAAUUUACAUUGUAGAAUUUUGUGCAGCACAAAGCACCUCAAUAGGGUUUUUUAUCCACAUAGUACUCUUUAUUCGCUUCAAGGACCGUUGGAUAUGUAAUUUAUUUUAAAAAUUGGUGUUUUUCCCCAUUCUUUGUGUUCCAUAGAAUUAUUCUUUUCCAUUCAUAUUAGUAAAUGUUUUUAUAUUUGUCACAGCUAUUGUUAACUUUAACAUUCACUGUCAACGUUUUUUAUAACCAUCUACCAAUGUUUGCUUGUUUUUUGGAAUAAUUUGCAGUCAGUUCUUGCCAGCCAUGAGAUUCUAGUAUAUAUAAGAUCGUAAUCAUCAGCAUUCAUGAUUCGAGCACAUACGUUUUUAUUUAAGCUAAUGAAGGAUAAUGUAAGGAUAAUGAAGACUCACUCUCAAAUGUCUUGGGCACCUGUCAGACACUCUGCUGUGAAGUUUCUAUGUAAUGCACUGGUUUGUCAUAUUGUACAUACUCUUUUCAGCACGGAUUUAAAAAGCGUUGCACAUAUUGUCAAGAAAACGUGCGAGAAAAUAAAUGCUUAUUUUGUCAUUUAGACAAUUCAA